GAUCGUUCGUUUCGAGUGUCCUGGUUGCGCCAACGCCAACGCUUCUCUCGGUGGACCGAAGAGAGGCGAAGAGAGGCGAAGAGCAAGCCCGUCGAUUCUCUCUCUCGAAGCUCGAGCUCGCUGCUGAGCUCGAAGCUCGAGGGGGAUGAUGCUGUCCGUCCCAACUAACCAACUGUAUGGGAGAAUAUGCCCGGAUCCCGCCUCCCGUUGUGCGCAUAUCCUGGGGACCGGUGGGAGCGCCACGCGGCCGCACGUCAGCGUCCGAGUCACGCACCCGGGCAGCGGCCAGCGGGGCAUCUGCGGAACGAGCACGUCAGUAUCUGGAUCCGAUGCCGCUAUUUGGGGAUUCGAAGAGCGGGAGUAGGUGCGCGCUCCGUCAAACGUCACCGAGCGUCCGCGACAGCAGCCGCCCCUGCCGGAAUGACACGCGCGCACACCGAUGACGCCCUGCCGGAUUCUGGGUCGCCGCAAAUGCGUCCCGGUUGAGCUGCUCGUUCUCGAUGUCGUGAGGUCCGGACCUCGAGGUUUGGAGUUGGAUCGAGGGAUUUGCCGAUCUUGCGAGGCGCGUAUCGACUCUCGAAUUUGAUUGUGGCCACCGAUAGCGAAGAGGCGGCGGUGAAGAUGAAGGUGCUCGUGGCCGUGAAGAGAGUGAUUGAUUAUGCCGUGAAGAUCCGGGUGAAAGCUGAUAAGACGGGGGUGGAGAUGAAUAAUGUUAAAAUGUCGAUGAACCCGUUCUGCGAAAUUGCUCUGGAAGAAGCUUUGCGGUUCAGGGAAGCUGGAAAGGCAUCGGAGGUGGUGGUUGUGAGCAUGGGGGGUCCCCAGUGUGUUGAGACCUUGCGAACUGGUCUUGCCAUGGGCGCUGAUCGUGCCAUUCACGUUAGCACGGAGAUCCCUCUGUAUCCUUUAGCAGUUGCGAAACUGCUCCGAGCUGUUGCAGCGAACGAGCAGCCUCAGAUUCUUCUUCUUGGAAAGCAGGCUAUCGAUGAUGAUGCAAAUCAAACUGGACAAAUGGUGGCCGGAUUACUCAAGUGGCCGCAAGCAACGUUUGCGUCAAAGGUAUAUUUUGGCGACAAAAAUGAUGUCACUGUCGAGAGGGAGGUCGAUGGAGGUCUCGAGACUCUGAGAUUGCAGCUUCCGGCAGUUAUAACAACUGAUCUUCGCCUCAACGAGCCUCGAUAUGCCACGUUACCCAACAUUAUGAAGGCGAAGAAAAAAACCAUCAGUAAGUUGACACCUGAAGAACUUAAGGUUGAGAUCAAACCAGAUUUCAAGAUUCUGGAAGUUGUAGACCCUCCAAAACGGAAAGGCGGAGUGAUGGUUGGAUCUGUUGAUGAGCUCGUCGACAAGCUAAAAAACGAAGCUCAUGUAAUUUAAGGCCAUAGGAUCCGGUAAUAGUUCCUGCUUUGAUGUCAUCGAUCCACAGGUUUCACCUCACAAUUCUUGUGUACUGAGUUUCAGGUGGAUUUUUGCAUGGGAGGGGAUAGAUCUCGAAAACUAUACCGUGUCAGCCGCUCCUCGUAGUGCAGGCGUCAGUAAUGACUGUCUUUACGUGCUAGAAACGGCUCCGUGAGUUCUGUCGCUUUUGUAAAUACUAAAGGAGGAUACACCAUUGCUACUGUACAUGUCCCAGUCUCUAAUACCAGACCUGUAUAAUAAAUAUGUCAGUGUCAGAAGCAAACGUCAAAUUGACGUUUUAAACUUGGUAGCAGAAGAUGACGAUCCUUUUCUUUCUCUUCUCGGAUAAGUUGUACCAAGAGUGCACUUACUUUACUGUCUAACACCAACGCCCUGUGUAGUCUUUCGGAACGAUGCUCUAUACACUACCCCCAAGUCCGUCUUUUGCGUCUUUGGCAUCGCCAUCAACACUUUGAGGAAGAAGAAUUUGAGAAUAUAGCAGAUGUCAGAUACAGUACUGUGCAGGAUCCGAAGACGCCAAGUUGCUGGAAUAUUAAACUGUCUUCUGAGCUGAAACCCGGUAGUUACCCGCUCACUAACAGGAGUCAAUCGGUUCCACAACAUUUAACGGCCGCUGGAGGUUUAUGGGGGAAUCAGUGCCGGACCAGUGCAGUUUCUCAAGGAAGGAGUAGUAGUAUAUUAAUUUUGAGGAUAGCAGUGAGUAGCAAUAAUUGUGGAUUGAAGAUAUAACUGAAAACGUUUCUAAUUAGCAGCGGUGUACAUUUUAGCCUUAGUCCACUUACCCUUGAACGAGUCGGAGUUCAAGUGCGCUCACUUCUGUUUCACUGAUCAAAUUGAAGAAUCUCGAUGGCGUGUGCCACUCAUCGAAAGGCAGUGGAUAGUGUGGACAAAUUACAGGGAGCGAAUUUGAGUAUUCCCAUCGUAGGGUUCGGUGCACAGAGUCUCCCGAAGAAACCACGUCAUGUGCGGAUGACACGGAGCUCAGCACGUUUGCGCCACGCCUGGCUGCGUGAAUUCUCAACGCAGUACAAUGGGCGAGGACGUCCACCAUACUGCGUUGAUUUCGGAAUAAUAUGAGUUUGGGCCAGUAAGACUCCUUUGAGGCUCAUCGGACGGCCUCCGGCUUCCCAGCUGCGGUCCAGCAUAUACUCUGCACGCGACCACGUCAAACAUCUAUCUUAUGUCACUAUGACUACAGUAGUCGACUCU